AUGCCAGCUAGCGCACUAAAAGGCAUGCAGCCGCACUCGCAGCACCCACACCACAAACCGCACCCACGUCGUCAUAAUGCCAACAGCAGCGGCAACAGCAGUAGCUGCGGCGGCAGCAGCAAAAGCCCCACUGAUGGCGCUUGUGGAUGCUCCGGCACGUCGCCUACAGCAGCGGCAGCAGACUUAGAUCCAUCAACAGAAACAGCAACAGCAGCAGCAGGUACAGCAGCAGGUAACGAGGAGACAGAUGAUAAUGAGGAGGAGGAGGAGCAGCUGCCCGCUGUUUGCUGUAGCUUUUUCGAUAUAACAGAUGCUGCUGUUAGAGCAGCAAUCGAAAAAGAAUUAAAAUUUAUACCCGAGUAUACAAAUUACUAUCGCUGCAACACACAGCCGCUGCAUAGAGGACAGGUGGGUAAGACUAGCCGCAAAUACGACAACGAUUACGCGAUAUAUGAUUACCGAAAGUUUGACUUUGGAAUGGCGAAGUUGUCUUCCCUCAACUUAGCAGGAAUGCACGAUGCUGGCGUCCUUAUCGUCACUGAUUGGGAGGAAGAGGAGGAGGAAGGAGAACAGCAGCAGCGGCAACAGCAGCAACAGCAACAUAAACAGACUGCUGCUGCAGGCCCUGCCACUUGGGCUGCUUCUGCAGGUGGAGCCGCGCAGAACCAAGAAACAGCGCCUCAUCAUCCCGCAGCGACAGCAGCAAGGACAGCAGCGUCCAAAGUAGCAAUGACAGGAAAGGCCACUCAUUCAUUCAAGAGGAAGCCUGUCGUGUUGCAAGUCAUUCAUGUCUCCACAACGGACGAAAUCGAUCGCAUCGGAACCAGCAGCAGCAGCAGCAAUAGCUGCAACAGCAGCUCAGGGCCUGCAACUCCCAUAGUUAAUCCUCGCUUUGUUAUCCACGUAGGGCGCAAUGCAAAAUGCCGCGUACAUCAAACGCACGUCAGUCUUUCUUCGUUGCUAUCGCCAGCAGAGCAGCAGCAGCUCCAGCAAAUCAAACAGCAACAGCAGAAAGAGUCCAAGGGUUUUCGAGGCCCCCUCGUCAACUCCGCCACCAGAAUAGUAGUGGAGGAGGGAGGCGAAGUUCACCAUGUUUACUCCCAGGAGUUAAACGAAGAAACGGCCCACAUUGAGAACAUUUCUGUUUGCUGCCAGGAUAAUUCCAAAUAUCGACUGACGCACGUUGAUUUAGGCGCUGCGUUUAGCCGCUUUGCACUGCAGGUGGAGGGGGCGGAAGGCUCGACGCAUAUAUCCCGCGGUCUCUCGGUGCUGCAUGGCAAGCAGCGCCACGCCAAGUUUGAAAUGUUUCAUCAUCUCCAGCCCGACGCUGUCACCGACCAAGUACACAGAAGUCUUGUCGCAGGAAACGGAAGAGCUGUCUGGAGGGGUCGAAUUAGAAUAGAGCGGGACGGGAUAGGGGCAGAUGCUUCUUCUUUAAACAGAGUCAUUUUGCUGGAAGACGGGGCCACCUGUGUGGCAGUGCCGACGCUAGAAAUUAUCCCGGAGGAUAUCAAAAAGGCCACUCACGGGGCGGCCAUUCGCGACUUCGACACGGAGCCGCUGUUCUACAUGAGGAGUCGGGGGAUUCCAACAGACAAAGCGAAGCGGCUGCUGAUGCUGGCGUUUGCUGAUGACGUCGUGAAACCAACGGAAGACCCCCGGCUGGCUGCUCGUGUGCAAGAGAAGGUGGAGCAGCUGCUGCCGAAGGGCGGCGCCGCAGCUGAGGACCUGCAGCGUCACCAUAUGUUUCGCGGGGGAGAUGGGGGCACCUAA